CCUGUCCCUCUGACCCCGCCGGCUCCCGCUCCGUCGCCCUGCCUCCCGCUCACUCCAAGGGAGCAAAUCCAGGAGUGGCUGCAGCAGGUCCACGACCUGUCGGACCUGCUCGAGUUCUAUCCGGCCUUUACGCUGCUGGCUCAAGUCAUGAACCACCUGUGCAUGCACUGCGAGUCGCUCGUCCCCCCUGCCCCGAACGGCGCCGAGCCGUCGCCAUACCCGGACUCGGGCACCGCGCACAACGCUUACUACGACUUUUGGCGGUGCCUGAACGAAACCUGGCUCUCGACCCUGGACCAAUCCCGCGGCUACUUUAUGCAAGCCGAUGCCGACUUUUGGCUCAAGCUGAGGACCAACGUCUUUGAGUGGGGCGACUUUUUGGAGUGGUACGGGCUCAACGACUAUGAGCUUGGCUUUUGGGAGUCGGAUGUGGUCUCGGUCAUCAACGGCAUCGUC